UGUAUGUCCUAAAACAGGGCAACAAUGAUUUCCAUCUCCAUGAUGCUCAUCACUCUGGCAACCACAGUUCUGGCAAAAGGAUCUAUCGAGUGCAAUUUAUCCGAGCAUCCUGAAGCUCAGGCGUGUGUUGGAGCAGUCGGAGAACUGUUGAUUUUCCAUCUGCCAAACACAGCAAAUACAAGCCUUAGGUUGAAAAAGGAUAAUGAAUAUAUCGUUUUAAAAAUACAAAAAAAUAAGACAUUAUAUAAACAUGAAGAGUUUGUGAAUCAGUAUGAACUCUUCACAAAUGGAACCGUCAAACUGGGUAACGCGACAAAGAGACACUCUGGAGAUUACCUGCUGGAAGAAUUUGGAUCUAAUGGUUCUUUACUGAACAUUUUGAAAGUGCAUCUUGAAAUACAAGCUCCAGUGUCAAAGCCAGCUGUUUCUCAAAUGUGUUUGUCACCAGAGCUGAUGAACAUCAGCUGCUCCUCUGAGGGAGACGAAGUAGAGUUCAUGUUGACCUUGAACGAUCUCGUACUGAUGCAGACCAGAGGUCACAGCCAGUACCCGUUGGGCUACAGGACAGCAAACAUGGAGUCAGUGGCUGAUAGUUUAGCUAUCCAAAGUGAAACAAGUGUUUCAAAUGUGACCAUCAGCAUGCAGUGUCAGCAAACAGGAGACUUGGUGUGUCGUGUUUCAAACAACUUUAGCAGAGAUGAAACUGUUACUCACCUAAAGAACUGCCAAGAUUGUGUUCCUUCCUUCCCUGUUGUGGCUUUGGCUGUGGCUGGGACUGCUAUCACUAUCCUUCUUCUUCUUGUAGCUUUGUUUCUUUAUGGAAUAAAAAGUCAUUACCUACCAAGACCCGCCACUCUUAAUGAUGGUAACCCUGAAGAAGAAUUAGUCUACAUAGAGGUGCAAAUAAUGAGGAAUACAAGAGAUUCUGGGCCCAACCAGUGUGCAACAUGAGGAUUUCCUAAAACAAGUGACAGCGCCAUUUAAAAUCCAAACUUAAUCUUGAUCAACCUGGCUGAGGCUGACAAUA